CUCCUCCGUCCCUGACAGUCGACAUCCAGCAUCCAUGCGCCAAACGCACUCCUCCCGGACCCGGAGCGCAGAUCCAGACGCAGCGGAUCCACUCACUGAUUCUCCGGCAGGGUCACGGAGCAGAUUUCUCUCAUAAACCAGCGCGUGCGUGUGUUCAUGUGUUUGUCUGCGCUCAGAUCAGCUCGGACACUUUGGCUGGAGCCGCUGAACUGGAGAGAAAUCCGCUUCCAGACCCCGUCCGCGCUGCUCCCCCCGGGAUUCUCCCUCCGGCAGGACGCACGACUCCUUCUUCCCAACAUGCGGAGCUCCGCCGUCUCCUGCCCGCAGGCGCGUCUCUCUCAUGUCGCUGUGAGCGUCUGGUUCAUCGUCACUUUGCGUGUCACCCUCCUGCUGGAAUAAAGAGCUGCUUCUGGGGAGACGCUGCACGUGGAUCAGCUUCUUCCUCUGGAUUGAUUUUUAUUGAUUUGAUUUGUUCCUCAGAAACUCUGGUACUUUAUUUUGUUUUUUCCUGGAGCGAACCCGAGGAUGUUGCUCCGCUGCUGGAUCCCUCCCUGCUCCUCCACCUGUAGGUUUCUCCUCUGCUUCCUGUUGCUGCUGCAAACGCCCCGGUCCUCCUCUCCGCUAAUUACAGGUACCGAGGCCAGCUGUGACAACGAGGGAGAGGUCCUCCACAUCCCCAACAUCACCGACAACCCCUGCAUCACCUGCGAGUGCCUGGAGGGGAAGGCCGACUGCAAGCAGGAGAAAUGUCCGCUGGUGUCUGAAGACUGUGCUCUGGUGGUGAAACAGACUGGAGCGUGCUGCGAGAGGUGUAAAGGCUGCACGUUUGACGGACGAUCCUACAACAGCUCAGUGUCCUGGACCACGUCCACCAAGCCCUGCGUCACCCGAAGAUGUCAGGAAGGUGUCGUCACGGAGGCGGAGGUGCAGUGUGUCGUCCACUGUAAAAACCCAAAGAUCCACCCGAAGAAAUGCUGCCCCACCUGCCCCACUUGUAUCUUCGAGGGUCGUCUGUACAAAGAGAAGGAGGAGUUCAGUCCAGAGGGGAAACCCUGCAUCAGGUGCACGUGCACUGGAGGGCGGACUCUCUGCAUGAGGGAGGUGUGUCCUGUCCUCUCAUGCCCCGCCCACCUCAGCCACACCCCGCCCGGUCACUGCUGUCCCAGAUGUCUCGGCCAGAGGAAGGUGUUCGAUCUGUCUUUAGGAAGUUGUCUGUUCCACAGUGAGGUCUACGAGAACAACACUUCCUUCAUUCACGACAACUGCACCACCUGCACCUGCAAGGAUUCAACGGUGGUGUGCAAGAGGCGGUGCUCGCGUUCGGGCGGUUGCCAGGGCGACCAGUGUUGUGAGGACUGUUUGUCCUACGUGAAGGUGGAGGAGGUGAAGUACUGCAGAGUCCGCAACAAGAUCUACAGGGAAGGAGACAUGUGGUCGUCGGUGAACUGCUCCCUCUGCGCCUGUGUCAAAGGAAGCAUCGAGUGUCGGCCCAAACACUGUGUGCCAAUCACCAGCUGCCCCUCGAAUAAGAUCCUGAACAGAACCGGCUGCUGUCCCGUCUGCACUGAAAAGCCGGGUGUGUGCACGGUGUUUGGGGACCCUCACUACAACACCUUCGACGGGAGGACCUUUAACUUCCAGGGAACGUGUCAGUACGUCCUGACUCGGGACUGCGGCGGCGUCCCCUCCGGGAGCCCGGGAAACAACGUCAACAGCCACGACUCCGGCUUCACGGUGUUGGUGAAGAACGACGCCCGGCGGACGCGCUCCUUCUCCUGGACUCAGUCUGUGGAGGUGCGGCUGGGGGGUCUGGUCCUCAGCCUGCACCAGCACCUGACGGUGCGGAGGAACGGCACCCGCAUCGCUCUGCCCUACCACGGCCCCGGGGUGCACAUCGACCUGGACGGGUACCUGCUGAAGCUCACCACCAUAGCAGGUCUGGAGAUCACAUGGGACGGUGACAGUUUCGUGGAGGUCGUCGCCGCCCCCCACCUGCGCGGACGCCUCUGCGGCCUUUGCGGCAACUACAACGGCCACAAGCGCGACGACACCAUGGGAGGCGACGGCCAGUUCAAGUUUGACGUGGACGAGUUUGCCGAGUCGUGGCGGGUGGAGGGGAACGAGGUUUGCUCCCAGCAGCAUCCGCCUCGCCGGCCGACCUCCUUCCUGUGUCCGGGCAGCGUCAAGGUCAAGUUCCGCGCCCACCGGGAGUGUCAGAAGAUAAAGUCGUGGGAGUUUCAGAAGUGCCACCGUGUGGUCGACUUCGGAACUUUCUACAGGUCGUGUGUGACGGACAUGUGUGAAUGUCCGGUUCAUAAAAACUGUUACUGUGAGUCGUUCAUCGCCUACAGCCGGGCCUGCGAGCGGGAGGGCGCGCCUGUCCUGUGGAGGCCCGACACGGCCUGUAUGGCCACCCAGUGUAAACACGGCGCCGUGUACGACACCUGCGGCCCCGGCUGCACCAAGACCUGCGACAACUGGAACGAGAUCGGGCCGUGCCACAAGCCGUGCGUGGCCGGCUGCCACUGUCCCGCCAACCUGGUGCUGUUCCAGGGACGCUGCAUCAAACCCAUUUCCUGCCCCGGGCGGUGACCCU